UCUCGAAGCCCGCCAUGAGAGAAUCACCAGAGAAGAACGAUCGAUCGAUGCACGGACAGGAACAGGAAGUACGCACUCUCACACUCUUCUCCAUUUAUUACUACUGCCUCUCUCUCCCAGCUUAAAUCCUGUCACGCGAGCCUCGCCCACGGACGAGUAGCUCUCGAUAGCUCACGCCAGAAUGCGCGCCAACCUGCUGCACGCCACCGUCUCCAUCGCGGCCGCGCCGGCGCCGGGGACCGGCGCCGCGGCGGGCGGCGUGCACGGCCAGCUCGGCUACGGCGUCGCAAUCGCCGUCGGCGUCCUCGUGCUCGUCUCCACCGUCAUGCUCGCCUCCUACGUCUGCUUCCGCGCCAAGGCCCGCGCCGCCGUGGCGCUUCGCCGACUCGUCGACGCCGACGCCCACGAAUCCUCCGCCGUCGUGCUGGUGGCGGGCCUCGACGGCGCCACCAUCGACGCGCUCUACCCCAAGUUCUUCCUGCGCGAGGGCAAGUCGUCGGGCGCCGACGCGCCGUGCGCCAUCUGCCUCGGGGAGUUCGAUGCCGCCGCGGCGCUCCGGCGCGGGCCCGGGUGCGCGCACUGCUUCCACGCCGGGUGCGCCGAGCGGUGGCUGCGCGUCAGCGCCACCUGCCCCGUGUGCCGCGACUCGCCACUGCCGUCGCCGGCCACCACGCCACUCGCCGAGGCCGUGCCCCUCGCCGCGCACGCACGGUGACGCGUGUGGCGAUAGCAGCCUCCAUUGUGUGCACCGUGCAACACUGCAAUCCGCCCGAGCUAAGCCGACGCGCUGCUCCUGUCUUUUGCGCCAUGCGUGGCGUCGGUGAAGGCACAAGCAUCGGAAGCAGAGGAUUUUUGCCUCUAGUUUACUUUGCUUUAUUCGAGGAGUGAUAGAUAACUGAAGCAGUAGACUUUUAGUACAGUAACAUUAGGAGAGGCAGAUUUUCAUCUAAUAUAACGUUGGGAGCUUUGGGAGACGGCUUUGUACUCCCUCCGAUUCAAUAUAAAUUGUUCCUGAUUUAGUAGUAUACAAGCUUCAUACUAUGUUUUUGUUAUUGAAAAGAUAUGAUGACCUUAUACGGAGUACAUUAUUAAGUUAAAUGAUAAAACAUGCAGACAAUGAAAAUUCUAGAUAAAACAAAAAGUUAUGUAAGAGAUAUUCAAAGUUGUUGUAUAUACCUACUCCAGUUGCAUCUUGACAACGGCCUCAUUUCCCCCCUCCCCUCUCUCACGCAGCUAUAGCUGAGCUUUUCCCCAAAGAGACCGGGCCGAACCAAAGCCAAUCUCGCCGGCGUCGCCGGCCGAGAUGGGUGGAGGGGAGGCGCCGGAGUACAUAGUCUAGCUAGGAGUUGUGCCUUUAUGCCAGUAGGGGGCUUGAUGCCCAGUAGUGCGAGCGGUGGAGGAGAUCAGUCCGCCUGGAUCUCGUCCGAUUUAGGGUUCUUCCUUCUCUCUCUGUUUCUCCGGUGGUCGGAGGUGGGAGUGGAGAGGACGGCGACUGCUCAGCUCAAUAAAGAUGUGGCGGCGAUCCACCUUCUGCAGAUCGACUGCAGCGGGAGGCGUUUUUCCCUGGCCAGCCUCGGCGGCGAGGGGGGAAAAGCGUCCCUGCCUGCGACCAACGGCGUCAUCGAGCUCCUGGCCGGCCAUGGAGGCGAGGAGGAGCACAGCCGCGCCAGAUCUUCGUCAGCUGCUGAUGGGUGGCCUUAUCUGCGCUGAUUUUGGUGCAGCGGCCGAGUGCUUCUGCUGCUCCUCUUGGUCGGCCGUGGAGGCGAGAGAGAGGGCAGGGGAGGCACUGCUGCUGCGCACUCGAGGUGGUGCCGUAUCUACUUCUUCUUUCUCUGGUGGUUUCUCUACAAGCGCAAACACACAGCUGGCUCCAUGGCCGUUGUGAUCUGCAGCUGACGUGAUGGCUGCUUCUCUGCCUCUGAGACGGAGGCAUCUCUCUGUCCCUACUGGUGCUCGACGCCUUCUUGCAGCCAAGUGAUUCGUUCCCGGCGGCGAAAAGGUUGUCAGUGGGGGUGGAUUUUCGCCGGUCGGAAGAGUUCGAGCUUCUUCUCUCCUUUCCUUGGCGGCGACGCUUCGAGGAAGCCGGCGAACAGCGGCGGUGCUACUCCAGGACCUGAUUGCUUUUACAUUCUUUGUUCUGGGGUGUUUUCUGUAAAGUUACAGGCCUUAUCCUCAAAUACUAGGUUCUUCAGGACGAGUAAGGUCUGUAUGCAUAUUGUAACCGUCUUAUGUUUCUUUAAUUGAAUACCACCUCUUUUUCAAAAAAAAAAGUUGCAUCUUGACGUUCCUUCACGACACAUGUGAACAAAUCGCAUAACCAAAAUCAAGGGUUCCGGAGAGCCAUAUAAGUCGUACAUCACAAUAGGUGAGAAUCUAAUUUUGUUGGGCGUGCUAUGGCCAGAUCCAGGACACCCCUCUUGCAAACAGGUUGGCGAACCUAUGAUUUAUCUUUACUAAUUGAAUGCCCGUGCGUUGCUAUCGGUCAUCAAGAUAUAUUCUAUGACAUGUAUAACAUAGGUGAUUAGAAGAAAAAUCCUAACAAAGAUAGUGUUAUACAGAAAAUCUUGUAAGCACUUUUGCAAAGAAAUUCACAAACGUGUAGGGAAGAAAAAUGUCAAACACUAAUUUAUAAGCUUAUCUACACAACGUCUAUAUGGUAGAAAGAAAAUGUCAAACAUCAAAAGACUGUUGUUGGCAGAAUACACACUGAAGUGAAAUAUAUGGUCUGGAAUGCAAUCUGUAUUGGCUCAAACUGGAUGAUCAAAGGCAACUUCAGAUGGUAAGGUACCAGCGGGAUUUUUUUUAUAGUAAAAGCCAUUCCUCUAGAUACUUACUGUAGUGUUCGUACUUCUCAGCUUUUUCUCAACUUCAACUUGUGAGAAUAGGUCUGCAUACCAAGAGAGUCAACAAGUCAGCAAGUGCCAUUGAUGUUUGCAGAAGCAAUAAGACUUGCACAGGUCUUCAUGGGACAUCAUGCAAAUUAAUAUGCUGAGUUGCUAACAAUGAGCAGUUGAACAACACACCAUUUACCUGGUAAUAACACGAUUUUAAUUCAAAAUUGUAAAUAACUUUCAACUAAAAUUGAUAUUUAAUUCUAUUGCACCAGAUUCAAGUAUACUAAUAAAGGAACAAGAACCACAUUUCAAAUAUAGCUGAUGAUACCAAUAAGAAACAACCAUCACACUAUGCCGAAGAGUCCAUGUGAAAAUGACGGCUAGCUCUUAAUUGACAUACCUUUGAACGUCUGUCGAUGUGCAUUUUUUACUUCACAGAACAUUUCAGAUGCUUCUUGAAGUUUGGUGUAUUCUUUGUUCACUGAACUUUCAUAUGUCAUCUUUCAGUCUCCAGUAAAUUAGUAAAUUAAUCAAGAAUCUGUAAGAAUUUUGCCUGAAUACCUCUUUGGAAGUGUUUGACAGUACUUUCAGCAAAUGUGUGCAUGCACAUUAAAAUAGAACACUGAGUUUACAUCCUAAAUUAAUAUGAACUUUUACUUUUCAGUAAUCAGAUUAUGUGUAAGGCGUAAUUGUUCUUGCAAAGAAACAACUGGUACCAUGAGUACUAUUCACACACAGUUACCUUUCCUUCUCAAACUUUAAUGUGGUAUCUAUAAGGAUAGUCUGAAUAUCUGCCGCAUGACUGUAAGGUUGAGAAAAGUGAAAAAAAAAAGAGCAAGGUUAUGUGCUUCAAACUUCAAAAUUUGUGUAGUACCGUAGAAAGCACAAAGAUUUUAUGGAUUUAACAAAUCAUGUUUCACAUGAAUAUAUUCAAUACCAUCAACUCUUGCACGGGAUGACAUCAAUGUCAUAUAAUAAUUAUUAUGAAGUAACAUAAUUCAAUAUGAAAUGGUGAACUUUUAUAGCAUGCCAAAUGGAAAAUCGACUCACGGAAAACUUAGCAGUAACCCGACAUCAAAAUACAUGAACCCAUUAAAUCAUAGCAUCAUUCCUUGAAUGCAAAAUCCAACAGACAUCCCCAAAUGAAUCUAGGUCACAGAUUCACCCGACAACAUAGAUGUCACAAUAUAAAAAGCCAAACUAACACGACACUUAACACAAAGACGAAGGACAUGCGAGUCUCCAAGCUCGAUCGACUGGAUGAUCUCGACAAGAAGAUCUUAAUGUCCUCAUUGGCACAUGAAGCUCAUCACGUUCACAUCAGCUCCAGCAUCGCGCGCUGGUUGCGAUGUUGAUGACGUCGCCGGGGCGGCUCGCCCUUGCGAGGCGGAAGGCAGGGCAAGUGAAGGUGCAUCGGUUGAUUCUCUCACCGCUGACCUCUGCAACGGAGCUGGAGGAUGAAGUGGCACAGGAGCGCGGGCUGAAGAGCGCCAGCUGAUGCAGAGCCCUACUUGUCGACCUAUGCGACGAUGUUG